CUGGAAGAAAAUGGUAUUAGCAUUCCUUUGUGAUUGUCUUUGUGCUGCUGAGAGUUUAGAACAUGAUAGAGGGGACGAUGAAGUGGAAAGCACCAGCCAGCAGUGAUCUUGAUAGGUUCAGAAGGUUUCAGGUCAGCAGCAGCAAAAAAUAACCCAAUGACAGAGAUCCACAAUCUGUGCACACACGGGUGACUUGUGAGCUGCUCCCCGGCAGCAGCAGCACAGCCCCAUGCAUGCGCGUAGUGCCAUGCCUAUAGAAAAGCCGUGCGAAACAUGACUGGCGGAGACACUUUCAUGUGAACGACAGAAAUAGCCAGGCGUUGUUCUAUGGAGAGGGAGGAGGUCAGCGAGCGCCUGAAGGCACCAAUAUGUGUCCUUCACUUGGGACUGGCUGCAUCUGGAGUGACGUGUGAAGCUUUGCCCUAGAGAAUUCACUUUGCACCCAUCGGGAGCCACCACACAGGUAUUUUGUGAUCAUCAGCCUGAUUGAUGAUCACAUUGCAAGCCAAAGGGGAUGAUAAAGCUGCCUGCUCGGGAUUUCCUACAAAAAAGAUGCAACUUAAACGCUGGGUUGAGCUUCAAGUUCCUGAAGGAGAUGAUUGAGAGCAGUUGAAGGGUGCCCAUGCCAGGGUGCGGAUCGCAAGCUAGAGGAAGGAUGUACAGAGGAGGGCAGGGGUCUAGAAGGUGGACGGGCUCCAGCUGCGUGGCUGGCUGCAGCUGUCAUCCCAUAAUAGCCCCCCUGAACAUGGACUGCUUGGAGACCAGAGAGGACAACGCGGGGGGUUAGGCGCGCUCCUCAUGGGGGGGACCUGUCCUGCUGAAGCUGCGGAGCCGCGUUCCACCUGUGCGGCACUAUGGCGUUACCUUUUCGCCUUGGACAGCGCUGAGACCUCCUGAAGAGAUGCUGACGAACAGGAGCCUCUUCCAAGAAGCUCAGCAGAGAAGAGACCUGGUGGCGGGGCAGGUGGUCACCGGGAGCCUCCUGUCCCUUCUCAUCUUGUGGACCCUCUUUGGGAACAUCUUGGUGUGCACAGCCGUCAUUAGGUUCAGACAUCUGCGGAACAGGGUGACCAACACCUUCAUCGUGUCCCUGGCUGUCUCUGACCUCCUGGUCGCCCUCUUGGUGAUGCCUUGGAAAGCAGUGGCAGAAGUGGCGGGUCACUGGCCUUUUGGAGCCUUCUGCAACAUCUGGGUGGCCUUUGACAUCAUGUGCUCCACAGCCUCCAUCCUUAACCUGUGUGUCAUCAGCGUGGACAGGUACUGGGCCAUCUCCAGCCCCUUCAGGUAUGAGAGGAAGAUGACCCAGAAGGUGGCUUGGCUAAUGAUCAGUGCUGCUUGGACUUUGUCCAUCCUCAUUUCCUUUAUACCUGUCCAGCUAAACUGGCACAGAGAUAGGGGGCAGACCCUGGGCAACCACACCGCAGAAAACUGUGACUCUAGCUUGAAUAGGACUUAUGCUAUUUCUUCUUCCUUGAUUAGCUUCUACAUUCCUGUGGCCAUCAUGAUUGUCACUUACACCAGGAUCUACAGGAUCGCUCAGAUCCAGAUUAGGAGGAUUUCCACCCUGGAGAGGGCUGCUGAACAUGCCCAGAGCUGCAGGAGCGAUAGGGAGAACUGUAGACACCAUCACAACAGCCUGAAGACUUCCAUCAAGAAAGAGACUAAAGUUCUCAAGACGCUUUCAAUCAUCAUGGGGGUGUUUGUGUGCUGUUGGUUGCCCUUCUUCAUUUUAAACUGCAUGGUCCCCUUCUGUGACAGGUCCUCUGGGCACCCCAAGCCUGGGCUCCCAUGUGUCAGCGAGACCACCUUUGAUAUCUUUGUCUGGUUUGGGUGGGCGAACUCCUCUCUGAACCCCAUCAUCUACGCUUUCAACGCUGACUUUCGCAAGGUCUUCUCCAGCCUCUUGGGAUGUGGACCGUGGUGUUCCACCACACCUGUGGAGACGGUCAACAUCAGCAACGAGCUCAUCUCCUACAACCAAGACACCAUCUUCCACAAGGAUAUUGUCACCGCCUAUGUCAACAUGAUCCCCAACGUGGUGGAUUGUAUCAAUGACAAUGAUGAGACCUUUGACCGCAUGUCUCAGAUCUCUCAGACUUCGGCCAACAUUGAGAUGGCCACUGGCUCGGUGUGUGACUUGGACUGUGACACAGAGCUGUCUCUUCAUAAAAUAACACCUUCCAUGCCCAAUGGUUUUCAUUAGUGCCCAUCCAAGACCACCGGUCCUUUCUGACCAUAUCAUUUGCUCUCUUUGGUGCCAUUUGCAAAACAUAAGACAGCAUCAUCCAUUCCCAUUCAUCUAAAUGACAACCCCGUUUACAUUUGAUAAGCACGUGUUACAUAAACUGCUAACCGAGACCCGUGCAUCAGGAUUGCCAUCUGUCGCAGAAAGGGUUAAACAGACUCAAAAGAAGGCACACACUGCUAUAAUCACUUAUCACUGCCUGCGAGACCAAGUAAUCCUCCCGUAAAGCUGCUCAGUGUCUCUAAAACGCAUAAUACCAAAAAAACAGCAAAACAUGAUACAGAGCCCUGGAUGCUGCGUGUAUUAGAGUUGCACACACUGUACCACUUGUGUAAUACAAAGAGGCUGGGCGACUAAAGGAGUCAUUGCUGGGGCUGCCAAUCUGUUUUUGUCUUAAACACCCACUUAUGUGCAGGAUUUUCUAUGCUUUUUCAAGAUAUAAUGCAUCUGCACAGAUACAUUUCUAUUGUGUUGCUUAUGUAACUUUCUUAUUUUUAUAUGCUUGCUGUAUCAUAUUUUUAUUACUGUAAUAUACAUACAGAUUCGGGCUCA